AAUUAAUUAAGCUAAUCAAGCUAAUUAACCCUUUUCCUCUUCCUCUUUUUUUUUUUUCCUUUGAGUCUUUUCCUUAGAUUUCCUUAGGUCUCCUUUUAACAUUCAUUCGCAAUGGUUUCGCUACGAAGUCAAUUACUUCUCUUCUUGUUGGGGCAAUCUGCUGAACUAGCUUCAGCUCUUCCCCCGAGCCCUGCUGGUCACCGUCGCCAAGCUCAGUCUCACGACCUUCCAUUGACAUGGAACCCAUUCGGCUUCUUAUCUAAUGCCUCCGUGGGUACGCCAGCGCAACAAUUCCCCGUCUUCGUUGACUGGACUUGGAUCAACCAAUACGUUCUUUCGACUACUUGCUACGGCCAAACGGGCAACCCAUCUGCGUGCUUAGACCCAACACAGCACUACUUCAACCAGAGUGCAUCUUCCACUUUCCAAGCUCUCCCUCAGCAGUACCCCAGACGGACGUGGAACCCGAACCACUUUUACUUCUACAGGGAUCUUACUGUUGACCACGGAACCGAUUUCCUCCACGUCGGACCCAGCACUGCCAAGAUCGUUCUCCAGACUGCUGACAUCACCUUCAACCUAUCUGGCUCUCCUUUCCCCUUCGGUGGUGUAUACGGUCUUUCUCCUGUCUUCCACAGCGACAAUGCUUCCACUUCUUCCGGUUUCUACCAGGCAUGGAAGCAAGGCCAAUGGCCCUCUCCUCAUGUAGCUUUCCACUACUGCUACGCUGACUCCCCUGACACCACCAAGUCUACUUGCAACGGACACGAUGGUAUCCAGACUCUCGGUGGCAUCAACCGCAAGCUUGUGAAGAACGACAAGAUCUACUGGUACCCCAACAAGGUCUUCCUUGACGUCAACACCAAGGACUUCGUCUAUGCCCCUGCUCUGUACAACUACUGGGCUACCGAUCUCGACAGCUUCAGAAUUGGUAACGAGACCAUGACCGUCAAGGCUACUGCUCAGAACCCUAAGCCCGCUGCCAUCUUCGACCACGCUUCCUACGGUCGUGGCACUGCUCUUACGCCCAACGCCUACAACCACCUCAUCCAACUCGCUGGCGCUACCCCCACCACUCUCCAGAACCCUCCCAACAACGGCAACCAGACUUGGCACGAGUUUGACUGCGCUAAGGCCUCCACUCUCCCCACCAUCUACUACAAGUUCGCUGGUCACAGCAAGGAAUGGCCCGUGGAGGCUCACCACUACGUCGAGAAGGUUGAGGACAAGUGUGUGCUUAACGUCCGAACCCUUGCUGACGGUGAUGAGUUCAUUGGUAACUUCGGUGAGACUUUCUCCAAGGAUAAGUACAUCAUCUUCGACUUCGAGAAGCUCCAGCUCGGCAUUGCUGAGCUUGACUGGAACGCUGCUUCGCGUUACUAAGUCUGAUAUGAGGAUAUGAGGGUUAGGUAGCAUUGGCAUAGGAGCAUGGGUAUAGGUUUCAUUUCUUAUAGAGGGUAGACUGUAAAAUAUUUGUUCAAUAUUAUAUGGCAAAGCGACAAUUGCUAAUUUUGAUAUUAUGAACAUUUUUCUUCUAUA